AUGGCUAUCAAAACAAAUGGCUUUCAGAUCCCCGAGACCGAUAUUCUAAAACUGACAUUCAAUAUCGUUCGUCAUGCCGCCAGCAUCUCGGCGUAUCUUGAAGACAACCACCUGUCGAACCCUACUUUCGAGCCGGGAUCACCAGAACCUCCAGAGACCGAGGCAUAUCUUAGUCAUCGCAGCCAGCUUGUUUCAAGCCUAGAGGAUCUUCACAGGCUUGUGGACGGGCCGCGACGGACUAUGCGUACUUUCGCGUGCAACGGAAAUGACUUGGCGGCCUUACAAGUAGCAUUUGAUUUCGAUUUCUUUCACAUCGUACCUCUCAAUGGAGAAAUUGAGAUUGGUGAGCUCGCGAAAAUUGCAGGGCUUGAUGUUGACCGAGCUGGUCGUAUUCUUCGUAUGCUUGUGACCCAUCGAAUCUUCGCCGAAAAGAGACCUGGCUAUUUCACGCACUCGGCCAACUCCUCAAUUUUCGCCACUGAUGAAGAUCUCAGAUGCGCAGGACAUUAUAUGGUCGACGAGAUGUGGAAGGCUGCAACAGCCACCUCAGAAUGCAUCAAGGCUGCGCCCUACGAUUCAGACAACGAUCAUUCUCCAUUCAAAACAAGAUUGGGACUUCCAAUGUUCGCUUACUAUGCCCAAAAUCCACAGUACGCAACUCGCUUUGCCAAGGCUAUGAAAGGAGCAACAAGAGUGGACCGACAAAUCAGCGAAUUGAGAUAUGAUUUCCCCUGGGAUGAACUACAGGACACGGUUGUUGAUGUCGGUGGAGGCAGCGGGCAUGUUUCGAUGUCACUGGCACAAGACUUCCCUCAUCUGAAGUUCAUUGUUCAAGACAGCUCGCUUGACAUGAUUGCAGAAGGUAAAAGAAUUGUUGGCCAUCUUGCAGAUCGCGUUUCCUUCAUGCAACACAACUUCUUUGAUCCCCAACCUCUGCGAGAUGUUGGCGCUUUCUUCAUCAGGCAGUGCACGCAUAAUUGGUGUGACCGAGAUGUGAUCACCAUCUUCCGAAGCUUCGUGCCGGGCUUAGAAGGAUCGAAACCCGGAACACCAUUGUUGAUCAAUGAUACAGUCAUGCCAGAGCUUGGAGCUAUUCCGGUUCAUGAGGAGCGCGGUUUGCGACAGAUGGAUUUGCUGAUGAUGAUAGGGUUGGGCGCCAAACAACGAACUCAAACCGAGUUUGAAAGCCUCCUGAAGCAGGCCGAUAAUCGCUACGAAAUUCGAGGACUUUCACAUCUGUCCAAUGCGUAUGGUUGGGCUGCUCAAAAUGUCAUUUCCUACGAAGUUGUUUUGGCGAAUGGCUCUAUUGUUACGGCAAGUGAAACUUCGUACCCUGACCUUUUCUUCAAACUGAAAGGUGGCUCAAGUAAUUUCGGGAUCGUUACCCAUAUAACACAACUCACCUAUCCAAUGGCUGAAGUUUGGGGUGGUGUCGUGGCUUUACCUUCCAAUAUCUCCAAGAAUUUCAUGCCUGCUAUGGCAGAAUUCCAGACUACGGGACAACUUGAUACAAAGGCUGCUAUCCUGCCAUAUAUUGCCCCUAUCAACGAUACUAUUCUGGCCACUGUCAUCUAUUUCGAACCUGUAGAGUAUCCUGAUGCAUUCGCUUCCUUCUAUCGGCUUUCCAAUUUCUCGAAUACCACCCAGCUCCACGAGACUUUCUACGAUAUUGCUAUACUUCCUGUUCCCUCCACUGUUCUUCGGUUGGAAAAUGAAACGUAUGUCGGAUUGAUUGGCGUGAUUACCCAGUUUCAGAGUCAAGUCUCUCAGCUCCAGGGAGGGGCAAGUCCUCAAAUCGGAUUUAUUAACGAAGCGGACCAUGAUACUGUGAAUAAUAUCUUGGAGAGCAUUAUUAAUGCUAUUGGCAAUUACACUCAGGCCCAGAACACCUACUUAGAGUUCACAUUUCUCAACGACGCUCACUUUAUCCAAGAUCUCUUCGUUGAUUACGGGGAAGGAAGACAACUCACAUUCAAGCCAAAACCUAUCCCGCCCAGCAUCCGUCUGGAGGGCAAGACGGCCAUCAUCACCGGCGCUAAUGUCGGUUUAGGACUGGAGGCUGCUAAGGAGCUGGCGGCACAUGGAUUAACCCGCCUGAUAAUCGCGGCCCGCGAUGUCUCCAAAGCCGAAAAUGGAAAAAAGGCAAUUCUAGGACGUAGCCCUAAGUGCGAUGUUCACGUCUGGAAACUGGACUAUGGAUCAUUUGACAGCAUUAAAAACUUUGGCGAGCGCGCAAGGACGCUUGAUCGUUUAGAUAUUGUGAUCUUAUCGGCUGGCGUCAAGUAUCUGGAGUAUAUAAAAUCGAAAACUGGCCAUGAAGCUCAUGUACAGGUCAAUCAUCUUGGUACCGCCGCCCUUUCCCUCCUUCUUCUCGCACCUCUCCGAGCAACCGCCAAAUCAACCGGAGCACCGAGCCGAUUGACAAUCGUCACAUCAGAGGUGCAUUUCUGGACUGAAUUCGCCGAGCGCAAGGCCUCCAACAUUAUCGAGGAGCUCGACAAACCCAAUUCUUUCAAGAAAGGAAGCAUGGACCGAUAUAACGUGAGCAAGCUUCUCGAUCUGCUCUGGUUGCGCGAACUCAGCACCAAAGUCGGAGACGAUAUUAUCGUCAAUGGCGUCAACCCCGGUCUUUGCGCCAGUGCACUACAUCGAUCGCAUAGUGGUAUCUCGAGCUUCAACAAAUUAUUUGCCUGGUCUGCUGAAGAGGGUGGUCAUUGUCUGGCAGAUGCAGCCACGGGGUAUGAGAGAGACCAGGGCGUAUAUAUCAGCGAACAAAUCAUCAAAAAGCCAUCGAAUUUUGUCCUUUCACCUGAUGGCAAAGAGACACAGCAAAGACUGUUUCAGGAGACGCUUUCCGUGCUCAGUGAUGCACUUUCGGGAGUUGAUUUGAAGAAUUUGGUUAACUAA